CUUCUGUGAGGAUUUCUUUAUGCCAUGUUUCUGUAGGGUUGCUGGAAGUUUUUAUUAGAAGCGUAUUUUGCACUUAAGAAACACCCCGUAUAUAAUAUAUAACGACAUUCUUAAAGAAAUACUGUUUUAAAUAACAGUUUUUGUUUAAGAUUGACGUUUAUCAGUAGGCAACCCACGUUACAUGUAAAACGGCAGAAAGCGCCACCUAAACACAGAAAGUGCAAUUUAUCAGAUUAUAAGGUUAAAUUUAUAACCUAAAAAUGUAAUAUCUUUAUUUAUUUAAUAAUAAUGUUAAUAACAAUAAUAAUUUAAAGUUUAAACAUUAUGUUUUCAAUCAGACGAAUAUUGAUCCGAACAAACGUUCUUAAUGUGCAAGUGAAACAUUUAAGGGAAACAAAAAAAGACCCAGGGAUAAAAAGAGUAAGAAAAGUACUGACACAACCUGGAGAAAACGAAGAAAUCGAUGAUUUCGACGAAUUCGAAACCGAUUUUAUGGAAUUGCACAAAACACACAGACAACACUCAGAAGAAAUAGAAAAUAGACGGGAACUAUUGAAAUACCACAUCGUCAAGCAAAAAUAUUUCAAAGAGAAGCAUCCGAACUUUCUAACUUGGCACGAUAAAGAACAAAUCAAGUACCUUUAUAAUUCCAAUCCCGAGGAAUGGACUGUGGAUAAAUUGUCAGAGGGUUUUCCAGCAUUGCCCGAAGUUAUAGCAAAAAUAGUAAAAACUAAAUGGAUGAAGAAAAAUCAAAAUAAAAUCACCAAUCACGACAAGGUUGUGCAAGAAAACUGGAGGUUGUUUAAAAAAGGUAAACUGGGAGAAUUACCUGAUGAUUUAAGGGACCACUUGAGAAAAUUUACCAACAGAGCUUUGAAUUUAAAACCUUUUGAAGCUCAGCAAAACAAAAUUUUGAUAGAAAGUCAAAAGAAAAUCGGUGGGGAAUUUUCAGAGAUCAUAACUUCCUAUGAAAAAUUAAAAAACAAAGAUGCAAAUACAAAUAAAAAUGUGCUUUUGGAAGAGGUGGAAAGCAGUAAACCCAAAGGUGAUAAGCAACUGGCAACACUGCACAAUCUACAAAAAAGGAUUGAAGGUGAAAUCGAAGCAAAUAAAGAUGUUGCCAAAGAAGACUUAAUUUUAGUGCAAGGUUUAAAACCUAAAGAAUCAGUAGGUAUAGAAACGAUAAAGCUGAAACAAUCUGAUAUAAGUAUAGCGCAAAAUAAAUAUACAUCUGUAAGUACAGUAACCAAAACUGUAAGGGACUACAGUCAUCUAAUAUAUCCCGAAAAAAUUGUAAUAACGAAAGAACUGAAAAAAAAGAAUGGCCUAUAUAAACUAAAUGAUUGUUUUUAUGAUGAAUAUGGUGAUUUUUUGUAUAGAGUUCCAGGAAUGGACUAAUAAAGGUUGAAAAUAGUU